AUGGGUCAAAGGGGGCGGCAGCGCCCAGGGCCAAAGGGGUCAAAGGGGUCAAAGGGGGCGGCAGCGCCCAGGGCCAAAGGGGGCGGCAGCGCCCAGGGCCAAAGGGGGCGGCAGCGCCCAGGGCCAAAGGGGGCGGCAGCGCCCAGGGCCAAAGGGGGCGGCAGCGCCCAGGGUCAAAGGGGCGGCAGCGCCCAGAGCCAAAGGGGGGGGCAGCGCCCAGGGUCAAAGGGGGCGGCAGCGCCCAGGGUCAAAGGGGGCGGCAGCGCCCAGGGUCAAAGGGGGCGGCAGCGCCCAGGGUCAAAGGGGGCGGCAGCGCCCAGGGUCAAAGGGGGCGGCAGCGCCCAGGGUCAAAGGGGGCGGCAGCGCCCAGGGUCAAAGGGGGCGGCAGCGCCCAGGGUCAAAGGGGGCGGCAGCGCCCAGGGUCAAAGGGGGCGGCAGCGCCCAGGGUCAAAGGGGGCGGCAGCGCCCAGGGUCAAAGGGGGCGGCAGCGCCCAGGGUCAAAGGGGGCGGCAGCGCCCAGGGUCAAAGGGGGCGGCAGCGCCCAGGGCCAAACGGGUCAAAGGGGGCGGCAGCGCCCAGGGCCAAAUGGGCCGAGGGGGCAGUCACCAGAGGCAAAUGGGCCGAGGGGGGCAGUCACCAGAGAACCCAGAAACAAAUGGGGUUAAUGGCAGAACCCAGAAACAAAUGGGGUCAAGGGAAGAACCCAAAAACAAAUGGGGUCAAGGGAAGAACCCAGAAACAAAUGGGGUCAAGGGAAAAACCCAGAAACAAAUGGGGUCAAGGGAAAAACCCAGAAACAAAUGGGCCAAUGGCAGAACCCAGAAACAAAUGGGCCAAUGGCAGAAACCAGAAACAAAUGAGCCAAUGGCAGAACCCAGAAACAAAUGGGCCAAUAGCAGAACCCAGAAACAAAUGGGCCAAUGGCAGAACCCAGAAACAAAUGGGCCAAUGGCAGAACCCAGAAACAAAUGGGCCAAUGGCAGAACCCAGAAACAAAUGGGGUCAAUGGCAGAACCCAGAAACAAAUGGGGUCAAAUGGCAGAACCCAGAAACAAAUGGGUCAAGGGCAGAACCCAGAAGCAAAUGGGGUCAAUGGCAGAACCCAGAAGCAAAUGGGGUCAAGGGCAGAACCCAGAAGCAAAUGGGUCAAGGGCAGAACCCAGAAGCAAAUGGGUCAAGGGCAGAACCCAGAAGCAAAUGGGUCAAGGGCAGAACCCAGAAGCAAAUGGGUCAAGGGCAGAACCCAGAAGCAAAUGGGUCAAGGGCAGAACCCAGAAGCAAAUGGGUCAAGGGCAGAACCCAGAAGCAAAUGGGUCAAGGGCAGAACCCAGAAACAAAUGGGUCAAGGGCAGAACCCAGAAACAAAUGGGUCAAGGGCAGAACCCAGAAACAAAUGGGUCAAGGGCAGAACCCAGAAACAAAUGGGUCAAGGGCAGAACCCAGAAACAAAUGGGUCAAGGGCAGAACCCAGAAACAAAUGGGUCAAGGGCAGAACCCAGAAACAAAUGGGUCAAGGGCAGAACCCAGAAACAAAUGGGUCAAGGGCAGAACCCAGAAACAAAUGGGUCAAGGGCAGAACCCAGAAACAAAUGGGUCAAGGGCAGAACCCAGAAACAAAUGGGUCAAGGGCAGAACCCAGAAACAAAUGGGUCAAGUGAACCUACAGCCAAAUGGGACAAUAAGCCAAAUAGAGCAAAAGUGUGCCUGGAUAAAGAGAGAUGA